CACUUUGCUUCUUGGCUCUCUGUCGUUCGCAUCUAUCGCCCACGCUGCGUUGCUUAAAAGGCCCUCCGCCGGCAUCCAAGGCGACGCCCUCCAGCACCACUCUCACAUAACAAGCUAGUGAGCACCGGAGCAGGGAAGCAAGCACCUCCCAGCGACGUACGUGCGUUCCCUGUUGCCGAUGUCGUCCUAGGUAGCUUGGAUCCACAUGGACUCCCCGCAAAAGAAGCUCGGAUCCACCAUGGACGGCGAGAUGCCACAUCUGCUGCCUGUGACGACGGUGAGUGAGACCGUGCCCAAGGACACGCUGGCCCCUCCUCCGGAGGCUGUCGUGAUUGUCAGCGCUUACGAGUUCUACCCCGCCUUCGUCGUCCUCCUCUACUACGCCCUGCACUACGCCAUGAUCUCCGCACGGUCCAUCUUCUUCCUGCUGACGCACGCGGAGGCGGUGGCCGCAGAGGUGAGCGCCCUGGACAUCGGGAUCGUGUGCUGCGCCGUGCUCCAGGCGGCCGCGGCGGUGCUGGCUGUGCAGCUCCCGUGCCACCGCGUCUGGGUCAGCUACGCCUUCGCCUACCUCGCCCUCGCGCUCACCAUCGUCGGCCAGUGCAUGUUCAUCGACCCAGGGGACGCCAUCUUCAUCAGCGCUGUGGGCGACCUCAUGUGCUUCCUGGCCCUCCUCCUGUCACAACGGUAGCGACGCAAACGGUGAUUGAAGAAGAAUCCGAAGGCAAGCCAACGGACACCCCCCACAGUCGUAAUGGUCGAUACAUCGCGGAAGGCGUGGCUGGAGUGACAACCGACGAGGUUUGUCAAGCAAGGCAGCAACCCUUUAUGCCAUUUGUCGAGUUAGCCGAGAGCAGAGGUGGUGUAGCCGUGGUCGAGGUAGCCAUGCGAAGAAUACCCUGGUCGAUGUCGAGUCGGGGUGGCCGGUGUCGAGGAAGUCGCCGUGGGGCCACGGGCGCAAGGAGGCGCCGAAUCAGCCAUGGGCACAGUAGUGUCGAAGUAGUGGUGCGAUGAUUAGUUCAGUUCAGCUAGCUGCAGGGGAUCAGCUCGAUCGAGGUACUACUCAGGAUUGAUCUCAGUGCCGUAUGUCUGAAUCUCAAUCUACUGCUGUAAUGUUAAUCUCAGUACUAGUAUUAUGUGAUGCGUCAUGUAAUCACCCUGACCAUUUAUAUAUCCAUGUUGUUUCUAUUUUUUUCUAGCGACCACAGGUGUAUCAAUGUAGUUCUUCGGGGUUGGGCUUUAGGUUUGGUUCGUAUUUUUUCGAUGAGGAGUGGAUGCAAGGCUUGGAGUGUUGUCCUUUUCGUUGUUGUCCAUCUUAAUUUUGAUGUCUUAUUUUCACAUGCCGGCCACUUGUAUGAGCUCUCAAGCUGAUAUAAGUUCAGCGUUGUUGUUUUAUUAUGAUGAGGAAGUGAAAUAAUAGUCUGCCUUAAA